ACAUUGAUUGAGACUCACUACUACUCCUACUUCACAUAUAAAUGCAUACAAUUGAGGAGAGGAGGAGUGGUUUUCAGUAACUUUUUUAGAUUGUUGGAAUUCAGAAACCAACUACAGUCUACUCAUAGUCAUACAUGUUUGAUCUCAAUCUGAACAACUGCGAUGGGCGGUCGGUGGAAUCCAGGUCUAGCAACGACGACACGUGCUCCUCUGCCCUCGUGACUCGAGACCUGUUCCCGGUGCAAGUGCAAGCGAGGAAGGGGCGGCGUGGGCCGAGGUCUCGAAGCUCUCAGUAUAGAGGCGUCACUUUUUACCGAAGGACUGGCAGAUGGGAGUCUCAUAUAUGGGACUGCGGGAAACAAGUUUAUUUGGGUGGAUUUGAUACAGCUCUGGCUGCUGCUAGAGCUUAUGAUAGAGCUGCAAUUAAGUUCCGAGGUGUUGAAGCUGAUAUUAACUUUAAUCUCACUGAUUAUGCUGAUAUGAAUCAGGUGAUGAAUCUGCCCAAAGAAGAAUUUGUGCAGAUGCUUCGUCGCCAGAGCAGUGGAGUUGCAAGAGGGGGCUCUAAAAUUAGAGGAGUCGCAUUCCAAAAAGGUGGACGUUGGGAGGCUCCAACGGGGGAGUUUCUUGGGAAGAAGUAUGAGAAGGCAGCCAUCGUGUGCAAUGGAAGUGACACUGUCACCAGCUUUGGGACGAGCAAAAACAACAGUGAGGAAGGCUUUGAACUGCACAAUGGAGGUAGCCAACAUGAUCUUAAUCUAAAUUUGGGGAUGUCUCUAUCUUCUUCAAAGAAGGGUGGAUGUUUGGAUUCUUUAAAGCUCCAUCAUGAUGCUCAAACCACAAGAACAUCGAUGUUUCUGCAGCUACACGGGGGAAACUCUGCUGCCUCAGACAUUGUGUCUAACCUUCCACUCAGAGGAGUACCAGUAACAUCACAACAUCCUAUUUUGUACAAUGGUGUGGAUCCUCGGUUUGUUCCCAACAAUGAGGAAAGGGAAAGAAGUGCUCAACUGGAACUGGGAAACUUGGCUUGGAGAAUGAACGGGCACGAUCAAACGGCUGCUGCAGCAUCAUCAGGAUUCUCAUCACCAGCUCCUUCCGGUCCUGCUUCUCCAGUUCCAUACGAUUAUGCGAACCCAUUUGCAUAUUACUCUUGGUUGAAGCCAUAUCUGCCACCAUCUUAGUCUUAAUGUGGAUGCCAUGUAGUAAUAGGGGAUCAUCGUCUUUUUUGCUCUUUUUUUCUAGUUUUUUCUUUUAUUUCAAAGUAAAGAGGUUUAUACUGUAGAGGUGCUACCAUAGAUCAGUGGCAGACGUAGAAAACAAAUAUCGAGGAGCUACACAACUUACAGCCUAUACUAUUUAAUUUAUUUGAUGUAUAUAUGUGGCAGAUGGCCAUCACUCUUUUAGUAUUCUAUAUGUAAGGUUCGACUUAAUAUUCUA